AUGGAGGAAACUGGCCGCUCCGCGUCACUCGAGAAGAACCCAUCGGACGAGGAGGACGACGCCGAUGGAAAUCACAACAACGGGGGAAGCUCGAGCAACAGCACCGUUGAGGAGAGCGAGAGGAAGGGGAGCCCCGGUUCCGUCCGGCAGUACAACAGAUCCAAGAACCCGAGGCUCCGGUGGACGCCGGAUCUACACCGUUGCUUUGUCCACGCUGUGGAGAGGCUCGGUGGCCAAGAUCGUCAGUGAUCUGAUUAUUUUCUUGAUUCCCCUCAUCCGAGGUCCCCACUGAUUCCUCGCACCAAUACGUGAUGCAGGAGCAACGCCCAAGCUGAUUCUACAGAUGAUGAACGUCAGGGGACUCAGCAUCGCUCAUGUGAAGAGUCACUUGCAGGUGCUUGUCCUUGGCUUGAUCCUAGUAGUUUCUUCCCUGCCGUCAUAUCCUCUCGGUCUGUUUCUUAAACUGUGGCGUUUCUUCACCGUUUCAGAUGUACAGGAGCAAGAAGAUUGACGAUUCCGGUCAAGGUACUGAGCGAUUUUCUAAUUAAUAUCAAUGAUUUUGUUGCUAACCUACGGGGGUCUGCCUUCUCCUUCUCCAGUUAUUGGGCUGAGGGGGAAUGUAAUGGAGCGUUCAAUAGGGAGGCAUCUGGGUUACCUUCGCCAGCUCCCCAUGCUGCAAGGUCUAUAUCAAUCCCCUCUAACCUGCUCGAGGUAAACAAAUUUCAUGCAGUCCCUGUUCUUCUUUCUCAGGCAUGUUUACCUGAUCAAGGAAACAACAGCUGUUCGCUUAUCAUUAUUUAUUUCGUAGACAAGAAGAUUCGCCAUGGUUUAGCCACGGGCGCUGGAUCCGAAAGCAAUACCCCCGCCGUGACGGCAACGGCCUUGCCCGACCUCGGUUCCCGGGGUCAGCGCCGGAGAUGAUCUUCGGAUACCCCGCGAGACCGAGGGCCCUUCAGGAAUUACAGAAGAGCAAGUCUACCCUAGCAGACCGGCUCGGUGAGAGGCUAUUCGCAGCUCAUCAGAGCUUGCAGCUGCCCAAUCAACAUCGAUCCGAGGGGAGCCUGGAUGAAGCAAGCAACUCCACAGACGGAGACGUAAAACGGCACCGGCAGGAGAGACCGGCAGGCCAUCCUGACCCACCGAAUUCGACGAGAUGCUGGAACGGAGACGACUGCGGACUGGACCUGACGCUCUCUCUCAAGGUCUCAACUGGGAACGAAAAGAAGCGCCGGGCGCCGGAGGAUGAAGAAGACGAAGGCAGCUUAUUAUCCCUUUCCUCGUUCUCUCUCCCAUCGAAGACCAGGAACAUGGCAGUGGGAACAAAACUCCCCAUGUUGAGAGAGGAAGGCAUCAGUGACCAGCCGACCAGAGUGACUAGUACUCUAAAUCUGACUAUAUGA